AUGGCCAAGGGCGAGGGGCCGGCGAUCGGCAUCGACCUCGGGACGACCUACUCCUGCGUCGGCGUGUGGCAGCAUGACCGCGUCGAGAUCAUCGCCAACGACCAGGGCAACCGCACCACGCCCUCCUACGUCGCCUUCACCGACACCGAGCGCCUCAUCGGCGACGCCGCUAAGAACCAGGUCGCCAUGAACCCCACCAACACCGUCUUCGAUGCGAAGCGGCUGAUUGGCAGGAGGUUCUCUGACCCCUCCGUACAGAGUGACAUGAAGCUGUGGCCCUUCAAGGUCAUCCCUGGCCCGGCUGACAAGCCUAUGAUCGUCGUCAACUACAAGGGCGAGGAGAAGCAGUUUGCUGCGGAGGAGAUCUCCUCCAUGAACGCCGUGGUCACCGUCCCGGCCUACUUCAACGACUCCCAGCGCCAGGCCACCAAGGACGCUGGUGCCAUCGCUGGGCUGAACGUGCUGCGCAUAAUCAACGAGCCCACUGCUGCUGCCAUUGCCUAUGGCCUUGACAAGAAGGCGACCAGCACGGGCGAGAAGAACGUCCUCAUCUUCGACCUUGGUGGUGGCACCUUCGAUGUGUCUCUCCUGACCAUCGAGGAGGGCAUCUUCGAGGUCAAGGCCACCGCUGGUGACACUCACCUGGGAGGGGAGGACUUCGACAACCGCAUGGUGAACCACUUCGUCCAGGAGUUCAAGCGCAAGCACAAGAAGGACAUCACCGGCAACCCGCGUGCUCUGCGUCGUCUCCGUACGGCGUGCGAGCGUGCCAAGCGCACGCUGUCGUCGACUGCACAGACCACCAUUGAGAUUGACUCGCUGUACGAGGGUGUGGACUUCUACACCACCAUCACCAGGGCUCGCUUCGAGGAGCUCAACAUGGACCUCUUCCGCAAGUGCAUGGAGCCGGUGGAGAAGUGCCUCCGUGACGCCAAGAUGGACAAGAGCACGGUGCACGACGUGGUGCUGGUCGGUGGCUCCACCCGUAUCCCCAAGGUGCAGCAGUUGCUCCAGGACUUCUUCAACGGCAAGGAGCUGUGCAAGAGCAUCAACCCCGACGAGGCAGUGGCGUAUGGCGCCUCCGUCCAGGCUGCCAUCCUGAGCGGCGAGGGCAACGAGAAGGUGCAGGACCUGCUGCUGCUCGACGUGACGCCGCUGUCCCUGGGCCUGGAGACCGCCGGCGGCGUCAUGACGACGCUCAUCCCGAGGAACACCACCAUCCCCACCAAGAAGGAGCAGGUCUUCUCCACCUACUCGGACAACCAGCCGGGCGUCCUGAUCCAGGUGUACGAGGGCGAGCGCGCCAGGACCAAGGACAACAACCUCCUGGGCAAGUUCGAGCUCUCUGGCAUCCCGCCGGCGCCCCGCGGCGUGCCCCAGAUCACGGUGUGCUUCGACAUCGACGCCAACGGCAUCCUGAACGUGUCGGCGGAGGACAAGACGACUGGGCAGAAGAACAAGAUCACCAUCACCAACGACAAGGGGCGGCUGAGCAAGGAGGAGAUCGAGAAGAUGGUGCAGGAGGCGGAGCGGUACAAGGCGGAGGACGAGGAGCACAAGAAGAAGGUGGACGCCAAGAACGCGCUGGAGAACUACGCCUACAACAUGCGCAACACGGUCAAGGACGACAAGAUCGCCUCCAAGCUCGGCGCCGACGACAAGAAGAAGGUUGAGGAGGCGAUCGAGGGCACCAUCAGCUGGCUGGACGCCAACCAGCUCGCCGAGGCCGACGAGUUCGAGGACAAGAUGAAGGAGCUGGAGGGCAUCUGCAACCCCAUCAUCGCCAAGAUGUACCAGGGCGCCGCGCCGGACAUGGGCGGCGGCAUGGGCAUGGACGAGGACAUGCCCGCCGGUGCUGGCGGCGCCGGCCCCAAGAUCGAGGAGGUGGACUAA